AUGGAUUCCCACAACCAAACAGAAGAGAUGGAGUUUGUCUUACUGGCAUUCUCCAUAUUCCAGAGGCACCACAUCCAUUUUUUCUUGGUGUUCCUGGCUGCCUAUUUGGUCACCCUGCUGGGCAACUUCAUGAUCAUAACCCUGGUCCUCCUGGAUUCCCGUCUCCACACCCCCAUGUACUUCUUCCUCAGCCAGCUCUCCUGCUUGGAUAUUUGUCUUUCUUCUGUGGUGGUACCAAAGAUCCUGGUGAACCUCCUACACCAGCAGUACACCAUCUCCUACGAACAGUGCCUGGCACAAGCCUUCUUCCUGAUUGGAUUUGGAGGAUGUGAGCCGGCACUGCUGGCCAUCAUGGCCUAUGACCGCUAUGCUGCCAUCUGCCAACCUUUGCACUAUGCCCACCUGAUGAGGAGCAAGUUCUGCGUCCAGCUGUCUGUGGCUGUUUGGUUCUGGGGCUUCCUGGACUCAGCUAUCUAUGCUGCUCUGGCCUCCAAGUUGGAUUUCUGUGGAAACUACCAGAUUCUUCAUAUCUGGUGUGAUAUUCCUCCACUACUGAAAAUUGCCUGCAGUGAUACCCAGGUCAACAAAUUGGCCAAUCACAUCACUAGCUUCUUGGUUGGCCUCGGUCCCUUCCUCUUCAUCAUCCUGUCCUAUUUCUGUAUUUUGGCCUCCAUUGUCCGGAUUCCUUCCAACACCGGCAGACGCAAAGCCUUCUCUACUUGUGCAUCACACGUUGCUGUGGUAACUCUUUAUAUCGGAAAUGGGUUUCUGAACUACAACCAGCCAAGUUCUGGCUACUCCCUAGAAAGUGACACCCUGAUUUCCAUAAUGUUUUGCAUUGUCACCCCCAUGCUGAACCCCUUAAUCUACAGCCUCCGCAACAAGGAGGUGAAGGAAGCCAGGAGGAAGGUGUCUAUUUUUUUCCUCAUGGAUUCCCACAACCAAACAGAAGAGAUGGAGUUUGUCUUACUGGCAUUCUCCAUAUUCCAAAGCCACCACAUCCAUUUUUUCUUGGUGUUCCUGGCUGCCUAUUUGGUCACCCUGCUGGGCAACUUCAUAACCCUGGUCCUCCUGGAUUCCCGUCUCCACAGCCCCAUGUACUUCUUCCCCAGCCAGCUCUCCUGCUUGGAUAUUUGUCUUUCUUCUGUGGUGGUACCAAAGAUCCUGGUGAACCUCAUACGCCAGCAGUACACCAUCUCCUACAACCAGUGCCUGGCACAAACCUUCUUCCUGAUUGGCUUUGCAGGAUGUGAGCCGGCACUGCUGGCCGUCAUGGCCUAUGACCGCUAUGCUGCCAUCUGCCAACCUUUGCACUAUGCCCACCUGAUGAGGGGCAAGUUGUGUAUCCAGCUGUCUGUGGCCAUUUGGUUCUGGGGCUUCCUGGACUCAGCUAUCUACGCUGCUCUGGCUUCCAGGUUGGAGUUUUGUGGAAACCACCAGAUUCUUCAUAUCUGGUGUGAUAUUCCUCCACUACUGAAAAUUGCCUGUUGGCUUUGGGGUUCUUAA